CCCAUCCCUUUGGAAAAAAAAAAAAAAUCACACAGACAAACGACGGCGAGAAAAAGAGCGAGGGAAAAGUCGAGGGGGGAAGCGAAAGUCAAAAAGCCAGAUGAAAAAUUUGGAUACUGCGGAGCGAGCCAACCAAAGACCACGAUAUUCAAUUUAAAUCAUGCCGCUGCACAAAUCAACCCGGGGCCCUCGCCUGGACCCCACCAUGAUCUCAGCCCCGCUGGGGGACUUUCGCCACACCAUGCACAUCGGGAGGGGAGGUGACGCCUUUGGGGACACCUCCUUCCUGUCCACGCUUGGUCCGACUCAGGCCAACCCUGACACAGCGAACCCUGGGAGUGCGCCAGCUGCUGACCCUCAGGUUACCGACAAUGAUCUUCACACAGAUGGUCCAGGAAGCGCGGAGAACAAUGAGCUCCAGCACUCUGAGUCAGUGUCUUCAUUCGACCUGGACCUGGAUCUGGGCCCGUCUAUGCUCGGGGAUGUACUCGGGGUGAUGGACGGUUUGGGGCUCGACGAGGACGUGUUCAAUUCCAAAAGCGGCACGUCAUCGGUGGAGACGAGUCAGGGAAAAGCGGCUGUGGAGAUGUCUGUGAACGCGCAGAACGAGCUGAAUGGGAAGAACUUGGAACUUGGGAACCAGGUGGGAGACAACAGGAUACAAGACGGGAUCAAGCCAAAGGGGCUACGACCAAAAGUGCGAUUCAGUGACAAGCGAGAGGAGAUAAUUCGCCAAGUGUCCGAGGAGGAAGAGGGUCAAGGGUUUGACUUCCAGGAUGAGGAUCAGCUGGCUAGUCCAACGAGGGGCGCGAGUGAGAGCACAGUCAGUGGAGGUGAAGCCGAGUUCACCAACCACAAAGUAGAUUUGCCACCCAGUCCGGCCUCGUCACAUAGCUCAGAGUAUGAAGGAGUGACCCCAUUGGACAGGAGGAGGGUCGACAGCUGCCACUCAGAGACUGAUUCAGAGGAGGAGGAGGAGGAGGAAGUAGGACGAGGCUACACAUUUGAAGACGAGUUUGAUGAUGAGAUUGGUCUAUAGGGGGCCGGUACGGGCUCCCCUCAAAAACACAUCGUUGCUGUUGAGUAAAUCGAGUAUACUGUAUGUUCCUAAACUCAUCAUUUCAGUGCUGUUUGAAUGGGAGGCUUCAACAGAAUACAAACUGGAUUUUAGUUUUAAAGAUUUGCAGUCCGACGACGUUGCUCAACUGGAAAAGACAUUUUAUGUUUUAUCUGUAAGGGUAACAGAUUUGCUGUCAUGAUCAGAGAAAUCAGUGUCAUUGAGGUUAUUACAGUGAAAGGUUUGUAGCACUUUGACUUAUUUCAUUCACCUGGAAGCUUUGCUAUGAAACAGACUCAAUGAACGAUGCUUGCAUUGUUCAUUUUGACUUUACGUCUUACAUUUGCCAUCUGAAGCGCACACGACAGAUGUUGUUUAUUGAGCUUUAUGUUAUAGUGCCUUAAAGAGAGCUGUAUUCUUACAUUAUUGUACCAUGUGCUAUGUCAGUGUCUUAAUAAUUACUUCUCAUAUUGCAUGUUUAUUACAAUCUCAGUGUCUUCUCUUGAUGUUCAGUACAUUCGAUGAGCUUUCAAAACGGUCCCCAGAGGCUCUGUCAGAACAUAAAGAUAUCCUGUGUAUAAUUAAUUACUGUGAAUUUGUCACAUUCCAGAUCUGUGAGGUUCUCUGGUUCAGAUCAGUUUCACACAUCUGUUUUCAUUGUGCAGUUACUUUGCAUGCUUUCAAGUUACCAAAGCUUUUCUCUCUGGGCUGUGGGGCUCCACUAACACUACAUGCUAAGACAAUCAUGGGAUCUAAAGAUCAAUUGUAAAUCAGGACCAGCGGUGUAUUUUUGUACAUGUGGUUUCGCCUUAAUAAUGCUUAUAUAUUGAAAAAACAAGGACUUUGUUUCAUGAUGCUGUAAAAGGGAGAGACCAUUAUGCUCAUCUGUUGAAAAUGCUGGUUUGAACACAUUUUGUUUUCCUGUGGUUUCAUAAGGAUUACAGUAAAAACAAUAAAAUGAUCAUUGGGAUUUUCAAAUACACAUCA